AUGAGAGGCGUCGUCGAAACGCGAGGAAGAGGAACUUACCAUGGCGACGGUGGGGGUAACUUCAACAACAGGCAAGGAGGAGGAGGAGGAGGGAACGGAGACCACUCUGGAGAAGGAAGAGACGAGGCCUACGAGGAGGAAGAAGAGGAGGACGCGGAGACGUGCCCGCUGUGUUGUAACGAUAUGGAUGCGACCGAUUUAGCCUUUAAACCGUGCAAGUGCGGCUAUCAAUUAUGCGCGUGGUGUUGGCAUCAAAUCAUGGAAGUUGGAUUUGGCGAGACGGUUGGGAAGUGUCCCGCGUGUCGACAGGAUUACGACCAAGAUCUGCUCGAGUUUGACGCGGAGCAAGUAGCUUCUUUGACGGAUGCGAGUAGCGCACAACAACGAAGGGAAAGAGGAGGAGGAGGAGGAGGCAAUUAUUCUUCAUCUUCGUCGUCGCUUUCAUCUUUGCAACAUCAUCAUCAUCAUCAUCAUCACGGUAGUCGAUCAUACCGAUACCAAAACCAUCCCCACAGUAGGUACGCAGAAAAUUACGACGGUGCCGGCGGUGAGGGCGAAAACAACAUCGUAUUCGGUGGCGGCAGAGGCAGGGGACGGGGCCGAGGCGGAAGACGAGGAGGGGUUCUCUUCGGCGGAGGAGGACGAGGCAGAGGUCGAGGGAGAGGAGGGGGCGAAUUUGAUGGUAAUUUUGGCGGCGGUGGUGGUGGAUAUUCAUCGUACGAUCCAAACGCUCCGAUUGACAGUAGUCGUAAGCACCUCGUCAAUGUGCGCGUCAUUCAGCGAAACUUAGUCUACGUGGUCGGCAUUCCGACUGCUAUGUGUAAGGAAGAGAUACUGAGGAAGGCGGAGUAUUUUGGAAAGUAUGGUAGUAUCAUCAAGUUACAAGUGUCCUGUCCGACAGCACCGGCCAAUGGUAGCGGAAAUGAUGAUAGUAAUGCGGGAAAUUUAGCAGGUUGCGCUUACGUAACGUUUGAAGCAGAAGCGGACGCGGAGACAUGCAUUCAGUGCAUUGACGGUGUCCCUGCUCAUCCAGACGGUACAGGAAGACCUCUUCGAGCAUGCCAUGGCACGACGAAAUAUUGUAACGCCUUCUUACGCAAUUUUCCAUGCGGAAACCCAGAAUGUUUAUAUCUUCACGUCGUUGGAGAAAAAGAGGAUUCUUUCACGAAAGAGGAAAUGCUAGCGUCGUACAGAGAGAAGAAGAAAGCCAUGUUCAAGGGAGCGAGCACGAAUUUCAAGAGCGGUAAGAGCGGUAGAAGUAAAGACAAUGUUUCCACGGUAAACGCCGCGAAUAAAAACAGGCUCGAAAACUUGAAGCUCAACAAUGCUCACAAAAAGAACAGCAAAAGGUUCCCGACGAAUAUCAAUAGCAAUAUCGAAGUUGACGAAGAUAACGAUAACAAUACUAACGCCAAUGAUGUCGAUGAGGGUGGUAGAGAUAGACGCAACGUUCACCAUACUGUUAAUAACUUGCGGCAGAACAAAACUAAAUUUGGCGAGCGUGACGGUGGUAAAGCGAUGGGAAAUAGAAAAAACCUUCCCGGCGGAAGGGAGAAAGGAUCGUCGUCGCUUCGCGACAUUCCAGCGCCACGGAAAAUCGUAGUUCCUCCUAAAAAAGGGGAUCAAGCGUAA